AUCGCUAGAGUCGAUGAAAUCAAGGAGAACUUUCUGUAUAUUUUAUCAAAUAAAUCUCCCUGAUGUGAAAGAGGAUCAUCACCAAGGAGAAGAGAGGAGGAGAGGCAUGGCACAGCUUUCUACUACUCAGCUGGCUGGUAUUUGUCAUGCGUAUCCCCGUUUGCACACGUAUCCUACUGUUGAUCAGAAUCCGAUCGAGUCAUGCAAAAUGAUCAAUUCAUCAGAGAUUUUGGACGGAGAUGUGUACAAGUAUUACGCAGAAGGAGAGUGGAAGAGAUCAUCUUCAGGGAAAAGUGUUGUUAUCGUCAACCCAACUACGAGAAAGAUGCAGUACAAGGUUCAAGCUUGUACACAAGAAGAGGUAAAUAUGGUCAUGGAAACGGCAAAAAGUGCUCAGAAAUCAUGGGCCAAGACUCCUCUUUGGAGGAGAGCAGAACUUCUUCACAAGGCUGCUGCUAUCCUCAAAGAGCAUAAAGCCCCAAUUGCUGAGUGUCUCGUAAAAGAAAUCGCAAAACCAGCUAAAGAUUCAGUAACUGAGGUUGUGAGGUCUGGGGACCUGGUUUCUUACUGUGCUGAAGAGGGGGUUAGGAUUCUGGGAGACGGAAAGUUCUUGGUUUCUGAUAGUUUUCCUGGAAAUGAGAGAACCAAAUACUGCCUGACUUCUAAGAUUCCGAUUGGGGUGGUUUUAGCCAUUCCACCAUUUAACUAUCCUGUCAAUCUUGCUGUGUCAAAGAUUGCUCCCGCACUGAUUGCUGGAAACUCCAUCGUGCUCAAGCCUCCAACCCAGGGUUCUGUUGCUGCUCUUCAUAUGGUUCACUGUUUUCACUUGGCUGGUUUUCCCAAAGGCCUUAUUAGUUGUGUUACUGGGAGAGGCUCUGAGAUUGGUGACUUCCUUACUAUGCAUCCUGGGGUCAACUGUAUAAGCUUCACUGGUGGAGACACAGGUAUUGCAAUUUCAAAAAAGGCAGGCAUGGUUCCUCUUCAGAUGGAAUUGGGAGGAAAAGAUGCCUGCAUUGUACUUGAGGAUGCUGACCUAGAUUUGGUAGCAGCAAACGUAAUAAAAGGGGGCUUUUCUUACAGUGGUCAAAGAUGCACAGCAGUUAAGGUCAUCUUGGUGAUGGAAUCUGUUGCUGAUGCCUUGGUUGAGAAAGUGAAAGCAAGAGUUGCUAAGUUGACUGUUGGGCCACCUGAGGAGGACUGCGAUAUCACUCCCGUGGUGUCAGAGUCAUCUUCUAAUUACAUUGAAGAGUUGGUUAAGGAUGCUAAACAAAAAGGAGCCACACUUUGCCAAGAGUACCGAAGAGAGGGCAACCUCAUUUGGCCGUUGUUGUUAGAUAAUGUUAGGCCUAAUAUGAGGAUUGCAUGGGAGGAACCAUUUGGACCUGUUCUGCCAGUUAUUAGGAUCCGUUCUGUAGAAGAAGGAAUCCACCAUUGCAAUGCUAGCAAUUUUGGGCUCCAGGGCUGUGUCUUCACCAAGGACAUCAACAAAGCAAUGUUGAUCAGUGAUGCAAUGGAGACUGGGACAGUUCAGAUAAACUCAGCACCAGCUCGAGGACCAGAUCAUUUUCCUUUCCAGGGCAUAAAGGAUAGUGGAAUUGGGUCGCAAGGAAUCACCAACAGCAUAAACAUGAUGACUAAGGUCAAGACCACAGUCAUCAACUUACCAACCCCUUCAUACACCAUGGGCUAGUAAUACUAUAUGGAUCAUCACCACUACAAAAAUAUGUAAACGAACAACUUUUGUAAACUUUAGUUUCCUUUAGUUUCUUUGUCAAUUGGUAAUUGUUGUCAAUGGACAGCCAGAUGAAUAAUGGGGAUACAUGAACUCAGACAAUAGUAAGUGUUUUAAAUAAUGCAGUAGAUUUUGCAACAUUA